ACACAGAAGGAUCUGGCAACCCGUGUUGAAUGAUUAGGCAUGGCGCUGCUCGCGGGAGCCAGACAACUUUUCAGGCUAAAUGUGAGAAAGAUGUGCUCUUCAGCUCCCGGGGUCCGGCUUCGCAUAUUACCGAGCAGCAGCUGCUUCUUCGACGAAGCAGUUCAGAUUAAAGUGAGCGGUUUUCCUCCUGGAAAACAGGUGGAACUUCGAGCCAAACACAAGGACGACAAAGGGGUUGUGUUCAAGGCCAGUGCUCUGUACAAGGCAGACGAGCAUGGAGAAGUGGACCUGAGACGUCACGCGUCCAGCGGUGGCUCCUACACGGGUGUGGAGCCCAUGGGCUUGUUCUGGUCCCUGCUUCCAGAAAGUCCACACAAGAAGCUGCUGAAGAGAGACGCGUCCAGCCCUGUCCUCGUCCACAUCGAGGCUCUCCGAGAUGGACAAGUCCUAACGGAAGAAACCAACCUGCGGCGCUUCAUGGCUGAUGGAAUGCAGAGAGUUCCGGUGAAGCACGGCAGGUUACGGGGAACUCUCUUCAUCCCACCGGGUGAAGGUCCAUUCCCGGGGAUUAUUGACCUGUACACGUUAGGAGGCACGGUGUGUGAGCCCAGAGCUUCUCUCCUGGCAAACAAAGGAUUCGUGGUGUUUGCUCUGGCUUUCUACGGCUACCAGGACAUGCCCAAAACGGUGGAUAAACUCGAUCUGGAGUACUUUGAGGAAGGUGUAAGAUUUCUGCAGAUGCAGCCUAAGGUGAAAAAAUCUGGGAUUGGAAUCGUGUCGAUCUCAAAAAGCGGGGAUCUGGCGUUGUCGAUGGCUUCCUUCCUUCCUGACAUAUCAGCCACCGUCUGCAUCAACACCUGCAACGCUAACUCCGUCUUCCCGCUCCAUUACAAAGACACCAUCAUCCCGGGAUUCGUCGGCAGCAAAAAGAGAAUAACGGUCACAAAAUCCGGCAUCUUGGAUAUCCGAGACAUCCUGAACGACCCGAUGGAGGAGGAAAAGACCCGUGCGACGGUCAUCCCUAUCGAGCGUGCCGGCUGCAGAUUCCUGUUCAUCGUGUCAGGAGAUGACAGGAACUGGAACAGCGCCUUCUUCGCCCAGCAGGCAUGCAACAGGCUCAAAGCUCACGGAAAAGCCAACUACGACCUGGUGACCUAUCCGACAGCGGGACACUUUAUGGAAGUCCCCUACAUGCCGCAUCACCCGUCCGGGCUCCACGCCGCCGUGAAUCAGGUGGUGGUUUUCGGAGGAGAACCGAAAGCUCAUGCAGAUGCGCAGGUCAAUGCGUGGGGCAAAAUUCAAAGCUUUCUCAAAUCCCACUUGUGAAAGUGCUUCCUGAAAUUUCUAAAGCUCGCUAUAUGAUCUCUCGGGAAUAAACCCCUCCAUGUCAUUCUGGUAUCAUUAGGAAAAUAAUCAGUAAUGGAGUGAUUGAUGAUGAUGAUGCUAUUACAAUUCUGGAGUUCAUUAUUUUUCUGCAACAGCAUGACCUGUAGUGUUUUAUUGCUCUUAAAUGAAAAUGAAUGAAUCAGACGGUGACCAGUCAGAAUGGAUAAUUCGCCUUUCCUCUAGUAAAAUAACUGAUUUAUUAGUAACCUAUGUACAUCUGUAAGUUUCUGAACAUAUCUAAUAACACCACCAUGAGGCAGCGGUCAGUUAUAAGACAAAACAUCAGAUUGAGAUGAAAACGUGAUUUCAGUGACUUUUACUGUGUUUAGUGAGUGUUUGCUGUCAUAUUCACAGAAAUAAAUAGGCUGUUCCUAAUAAUUUGCACUCUGCAGUGUUGCCUGUUUCAUCACUGUGCUUUAACUCUUAAUGAACACUUCUGUAAAAGUGUUAUGUGUUAUGUUUUUGUACGAAUUGAUGGUUUGGUUUGUUUUUUUCCUGUGUUG